UAUUCUAUUCAAUUCUAUAACUAUUGAUGGCCAGCAUCCAUUGAACCAACUCCCAACUGGUAAAAGGAAGAAAAAAGUAGAGGGAAAGAAAAUAUGUUUAUCUUCUCAAACAGUUUAUCCGUUGGCAACAAUUCAAGCAAUCUGUGUUCCUCCCUCCAGGUGGCAUUAUGACAGUGACAUAUACAAGUCGUGUGGCCAAUGCCCGCUUGUGCGGGUUUUCCAAGCUCUUGUUGCAGUGGAAGGGCAGCAUAUACAAAUUACUGUACAAGGAGUUCCUCAUCUUUAUGCUGCUUUACCUCACUCUCAGCUGCAUCUACAGGUUUAUGCUGAAUGAGAGCCAAAAGCGCUUCUUUGAGAAAAUGGCCAUCAACUGCAACAAUUAUGCUGAUCUAAUCCCAAUGUCAUUUGUGCUUGGGUUCUACGUCAGUCUGGUUGUGUCGCGUUGGUGGAACCAGUACCAGAGCAUGCCAUGGCUCGACCGCCUUAUGUGCACUGUAUCCUGUCAUGUCCAAGGCAAAGAUGAAUACGGCAGGAUGCUACGAAGGACACUGAUGCGCUACGCAAACCUCGCUUCCAUCCUCACCUUCCGCUCAGUCAGCACUGCUGUCUACAAACGUUUUCCCACCAUGAGACAUGUAAUGGAGGCAGGUUUCAUGACUCCAGAUGAACACAAAAAGCUUGAACACUUGAAUUCACCUCACAAUAAAUUCUGGGUUCCUUGUGUCUGGUUCGUCAAUUUAGCAGUGAAAGCGAGGCAGGAAGACCGAAUCAGUGAUUAUGUAUCAUUGGCACACAUCUUCAGAGAAGUAAAUAAUUUGCGCAGCCAGUGUGAGAAGCUCUACAGUUAUGACUGGAUCAGCGUCCCUCUGGUUUAUACACAGGUCGUCACCAUUGCUGUUUACAGCUUCUUUCUAGCCUGUCUGAUUGGACGACAGUUUCUUGAUCCCAGUCAGGGUUAUCCAGGCCAUGAGCUGGACCUUUACAUCCCUGCAUUCACCCUACUACAGUUCUUCUUUUAUGCAGGCUGGCUUAAGGUGGCUGAACAGUUAAUCAACCCUUUUGGUGAGGAUGAUGAUGACUUUGAGGCAAACUGGCUCAUCGAUAGAAAUUUCCAGGUUUCACUCUUGGCAGUUGAUGAGAUGCAUCAGAACUUACCAGCUCUUGAAAAAGACAAAUAUUGGAAUGAUAAUGACCCCAAACCUCCAUACACAGCCGCAACAACAGAACACCGGAAACCUUCCUUCCUUGGCUCCACUUUUGACAUCAGCAUGCUGAAAGAGGAGAUGGAAUUCCAGCCCUUGGAGCAAAUCAAUGAGAACGAAGAAGUCAACCAUGCCACUCCACUUCUGAGUAACUUAGGCCGGCUGCUGGGAGUUCAGGCAACAAACUUGCAAAACAUUUCUCGAUCGACUCCUCGAAUCAAUCUAACAAGGAAGAGGAAUGGCACAUUUUCACCAGCUUCCAUGUUCAGCUUCUUGAGCUCGGAAUCAACACCAAAUGGAUUUCACAAGUCAGGAUCUCUUCCCCCCAACAGACCCUUUGCAAGAAUUCAACGAGCUUCCUCCUCCUCUCAUUCACCUUUAGGAUCAACUCAAGGCUGUGUUACAUUGGAUAGUGAGACAGGGGAUUUCGAUAGCUUCAUAUCCUCUUCACUCUAUGACAGACCCGGUUACUACAGUGCUCCUCAAACACCUGUACAAUCCAUACCCAUGGCAUUUCCACUCAAACGGAUUCCUUUGAAGAAGCCCUCUAAGCUAGCCAACAUUUCUGCCUUCCCUGCCGGAAACCCAGGGAGUAACAACAGUGUGUUGGCCUCAAAGCCUGACGAGCUAGACAUGCACAAUAGCAUUAAUACAAAUAAAAUGUCCUUUAAUGAACCAUCUGAGGAGAUAGUAGCAGUGGACAGCUGCCAAAGUGCAGCUGAAGCAGAAGGUGCUACAAACUGUCAGUGCUUAAACAAUAAAGUAAUGUUAGAGUUAUCUAGCAACUUCAGUCCUGGUAGCAGCAACAGCCUACUAAUGAUUUCUGAAAGUCCACACUUUCUCUUCUCAGACAGCUCUUCAGAUACAAAUAAACCUGAUAAUGGAAAGCAAAAACUAAAUAGUUUUCAGGAAUGCAAACAUCCCAGACUGACCCUUGAGUCCUUUGGAUAUGCCAAUAACCCAGACCUUUUAAAUCCUUUGUACAACACACCAGGUCACGAGACAACCAUUUCCACCUUUUCCUUCACACCACUGCCUUCCCCAAUGCUUGGUAGGUCAAGGAUAAUAAGUCAAAGCGGGACUGCAUCUGGCAUUGAUUACAAGGCAGAAAGUACUUCUUCCCCAGAAUUUUCUGAAACAGAGAUUUCUUCCAAGUUUCCCUCCCUAUCAACUCAAUCUACUCCUGACUGCACCAAAGAUGUCUGCAUGAAACCACUGUUGAAAAAUAUGACUGUGGCUCGAAACGAUUCAAGCUUCUCCCUCAGUGAUGGGGACCUAGUCAACUUCAUGAAUAUCGCAACUGAACAUGAAGAAACUGUCCCUCAGAAUGGGAAACAGGAAACUGUCACACCAGUAAAUAAAGGUAUUGUUUGGAUGGAAAACACAGAAUAA